AUGCUACAAUCAUUGAUCACAGCAUUGAUAUGCUUAGUCAGUAUAUCGAAUGCGUUUUAUUUACCUGGUGUUGCACCAACCAAUUAUAAAAAGGGGGAUACAAUUCCCUUAUAUGUGAAUCAUUUAACACCAUCAUUCCAUCAUUCAUCUAAACAAGGUAAAACUGCCACUUAUGUUUAUUCAUAUGAUUAUUAUUACCCUAAAUUUCAUUUCUGUACUCCAAAAGGAGGUGCUAAACCACAACUGGAAUCAUUAGGUUCGAUUAUUUUUGGUGAUAGAAUUUUCAGUUCACCAUUUGAAAUCAAAAUGUUGGAAACAAAAUCUUGUCAAUCAAUGUGUAAGUCCAAAUAUAGUAAAGCCGAUUCUGCGUUUGUUAAUAGAAAUAUUAGAGCUGGUUAUACUCAUAAUUGGAUUGUUGAUGGAUUACCUGCAUCAAUGCCACUUUUUGAUGCCACUACUAAUAGUGAACUUUAUGGAUCAGGGUUCCGUAUUGGUAAAGUUGAUGAUGAAAAUAAAGUUGAAUUUUAUAAUCAUUUUCAAAUUACUAUUGAAUAUCAUAAAAGAAAGGAAGAUGAAUAUCGAGUUGUUGGAGUUACAGUAUCACCAGCAUCAUUAGAUAGAUCAGAAUUAAAAGAAGAUGUCAAUGGAGAUCAAUUAUGCUCAUUAGAUUUAAAACCAGUUCAAUUGAGUAAAAAUAAGGAAACUGAUGUAUUAUUUACUUAUUCAGUUAAUUUCGAAGAAAGUCCUGUUGCUUGGGCUACUAGAUGGGAUAAAUAUUUACAUGUUUAUAAUCCUAAGAUUCAAUGGUUUUCAUUAAUCAAUUUUUCUUUGAUUGUUUUAAUCUUGGGGAUAAUUAUUGCUCAUAUUUUGGUUAAAACAUUGAAGAAUGAUAUUGUUAAAUAUAAUGAAGUCAAUUUAGAUGAUGAUAUUUCUGAUGAAAGUGGUUGGAAAUUAGUUCAUGGAGAUAUUUUUAGACCACCAAAGCAAAGAUUAUUAUUAUCAAUUUUUGUAGGAAGUGGAGUACAAAUUUUUUUCAUGACAUUUGCUACAAUUGUUUUUGCCUUGUUUGGAUUAUUAUCACCUUCUAAUAGAGGAGCUUUAUCUACUUUUACAUUUAUUAUUUAUAUUGGUAGUAGUAUUAUUGGGUCCUAUAUUUCAGGAUAUUUGUAUCGAUUCCUUGGUGGUGAUAAUUGGAAAUUGAAUAUGUUUUUAACACCAAUUUUAGUUCCUGGAAUUUUAUUUCUGGUUUUUGUGGUAUUGAAUUUCUUUUUAAUUUCUGUACAAUCAUCAGGAGCAAUUCCUUUGGGGACAAUGUUUGCCAUUGUAUUAAUUUGGUUUAUGGUCUCGAUUCCAUUAGGUGUUAUUGGAUCAAUUUUAGCUAGUAAAAAACCAUUAUUAAGUGUCCCCGUGAGAACUAAUCAAAUUCCAAGACAAAUUCCUACUCAACCAUGGUAUUUAAGAACUAUCCCAGUUAUGUUUAUUUCAGGAAUUUUCCCAUUUGGAUCAAUUGCCGUGGAAAUGUAUUUUAUUUAUUCAUCAAUUUGGUUCAAUAAGAUUUUUUAUAUGUUUGGAUUUUUAUUUUUCUGUUUUAUUUUAAUGAUUUUAACUAGUAGUUUAAUUACUAUUUUAAUGAUUUAUUAUACUUUAUGUUCAGAAAAUUAUAAAUGGCAAUGGAAAUCAAUAUUUGUUGGAGGUGGUUGUGCAAUUUAUGUAUUUAUUCAUUCAUUUUUUUUAACUGGAGGAGAAAAAUUUGGUGGAUUUAGUUCAUUAGUUUUAUAUACUGGUUAUUCAGCAGUGAUUUCAUUAUUAGUUUUCCUUUGUUGUGGAUCAAUUGGAUUUAUUAGUAGUUUAAUAUUUGUUAGAUUAAUCUAUGGUCAAAUCAAGAUUGAUUAG